AUGCCGACAGUGCGUCUGAAGGGUCGUUCGAGUGCUUCCUCCUCCCCCCUCCUCCUCCUCGCCCAGUGUCUGGUCCUCCUCAUGACCGAACAGCUGCACGCUUCAGCUGCUCUUUCAUCUCCCGUCGGAUCGCUGCGGAUCCGCCAUGCGAGGGUCUCUCCUCUACGGCUGCGAGGCGGAUUCUUCGGCAUCGGAUCGAAGCCAACUGAGAACCACGAAGGCGAACACACUACACACCUACCCGAGGAUGGCGAUGCGAAUGCUUCCGCAGCAUUCUGGGAGACCCUGAGCGAGGCUUCAGUUGUUUCCAAGGAGCAGAUGGUUGAGUGGAUGGUACGGUCUACCAGCUACAGCGUGCUGGAUCAGACGCAGAUCACCGAACCUGGUGUUGCAAACUACACCGACGACAAUGCUCAGCAACAGGAAGAGUACAAGGUGACCAACAUCGACCUGGAGCAGGGAGUAGCAGAUGUCGAGGAUAGGGUGAAGGCUGCGCUUGACGCCGUGGAGGCUGCUCAAGAGAAAUGGUUUUGUGCUCCCUCCUCAACAAAGCGUACAUCUCUCACUUGUGAGCUUGUAGGGUGGAGAGCCGGGGAGCCUUUCAAGCGUCUCAACAUCGUCAUGGUCUCCUCGGAGUUAGCGAGAUACGCCAAGAGUGGAGGACUCGCAGAUGUUGCAGACAAACUCUCCAUCGCCCUCGCCAAGCGAGGUCAUCGAGUCAUGACAGUGAUGCCCAUGUAUGGAUAUUAUGAGGGCGUGAUCGGUACUGGGGUGCGGAGAGGCUUCGGAAUAAUGGGAGGAGGACACACAGUUGAGUACUGGCACAAGUGGGACCCUCAUGGCCCUGACCCCCACAACUCAAGCAUGGAGGCAGGGGUGGAUCAGAUCUUCGUCGAUCAUCCUUGCUUCCACAGACCUGGCAUGUACGGUGAGUGGGGUAAAGACUACGAGGACAACUUGUUCCGCUUCGCUCUCUUUGCAUGGGCUUCAUUGGAGGCUCCUCUCUGUCUCCCCACCAUCGCGCCCUUCGGUCAAGACGUUGUCUUCAUCGCAAACGACUGGCAGUGUGGACUCGUUCCUCUCAUCCUG